UGUAAUUGUUUAACUCCAGCGGGUCAUAACAGGGCGAUUCAUCCGUUAAUCACCAUAUGAGAUCCGUCAGCGGGACAUCAGACACAGAGACGCUCGAGAAACCGUUUGGCGAUGUGGCUGCGUGUUCUGCUGGCGUGUUUGCUGCUUGAGUUCUGCGGCGCGGCUCCACACGCUCACAUCAACCGCCUCGCGCUCUUCCCCGACAAAAGCGCCUGGUGUGAGGCCAAAAACAUCACGCAGAUCGUCGGACACACGGGCUGCACGCCACGAUCCAUCCAAAACAGGGCCUGUCUGGGUCAGUGUUUCAGCUACAGUGUGCCCAACACCUUCCCACAAUCCACCGAGUCUCUGGUCCAUUGUGACUCCUGCAUGCCGGCGCAGACGCAGUGGGAGGUGGUGACUCUGGACUGCGCCGGCAGCGAUGAAGCCCCGCGUGUGGAUAAGCUAGUGGAGCGCAUCCUUCACUGCAGCUGCCAGUCGUGCAGUAAAGAGAGCAGCCAGGAGGGGGUGCUGCUGCAGCUGUAUCCAUCAGAAGGAGCGCUGGAGACGCCGUCGCUGCCAGACGCUACACACACACAGCACGCUCACAUGCACGCCCACGCGCAUUUAGACGUACAUGCACCUGAGGCAGGGUGAUGCGCGCACAUACUUCACACUUUACAGCCUACUGAACUCUGUCUCUCUCUCUGUCUGUCUAAAGCACUUUUUCACAUAGAGAUCAUGA